AUGAUUGGCGGGGGAAAUUGUCAUCGAUCGCGUUAAAAGCCGUAGCAAUCCGUAUAGGAAACGUGCGGUGACUUCUGGGGGAUUUCAGUGCUUUGUAAAAUGUUUUAUCUAUACACAGACACACACAACGUUUUCAAUUUAAGAAAGAAAGACGCUGGAUUUUAGUCUCAUUGCCUUGGUUAUAAUAAAGAUAAAAAAUAAUUGAACGUAACUUAUUUUACACUGGGGAUGAAAUCAGAAUCGGGCAUCAUUUAAUUAGAAGUUAAAAAAAAAAGUUUUAAAAAAAAUGCAGUGAGAUGAGUUGCCAAAAAAUUCUGUAAAAAUACAACGGAUUUCAUAUUAAUUCAGCAGGCAAUUUAUUUAGGCAGCAAUUAUGGAAAGUAACAAGGAUUUCGAGGCUUACGCUACAAGUCUGUUUGGUAAGGAUUACCAUGAUAAAACGGGCAAGAAAGGCAAACCCGCUCCAUGGUUAGAGAAACCAGGUUAUCACCCGGAGCCAUUCGAUGUUGUUGUUGUAGACAGAAAUGAAAACGUCAUCAAAGGAAAAGAGAAAGACAAACCACAUAAAACAGGAAUCGGUAAAAAAAUAAGUGUAAAGAAAAAAACACAAAGUAAGGAUGGACGCUUAACACCCGUAUUUAUAGACAUGAAUGAUUCCCCUAUCCCGGAAGACAAGACAAAGGGUGCGUUCAAUAAAAGACGAAAGUCGGAUCAUAAAGAAAAGAGUAACGAGAUAAAUAAAGACAAGAAAAAUAAACCUAAAUUUGAACAGUUACGAUUCGAAGGUGAUGAUUCAGGAAUAAGUCUGAAUGAAGACGGUGAUGAUAAUGUUUUCCGGGAACAUUUACCAAACAGACACGAUGAUUCUGGCAGUGAAAGUGAUUUGGCUUACUUUUGUGUUGAUCAUAUGAAAAUGUGUAACUCUAAAGCUGAGUUCCGGAAACACCGCCGCUGUAAUUUAGACGUCAAGUCCGGGGCGAGCACCCCAGCAACAUCACGGACAUCUCAGGAACGAGAAAAGAGUCGAACGACGCGGUUUCAGUCUUCCGAGGGACGGAGAACGUCAUCAGUGUCACUAUUUAGCCGCGGAUCUAAUACAGGCAGAAGUUCGGUGGCGUUUGCCGGAAUGCAGACGAUGUAUCUGCAGACGCUAAGAAAGCUGUAUAAAUAUUCCGGGGUGAUAAUUGGGGACAGAUUAAGUCUAAAGGAUGAAUUGCGAAACCAGAAGAUUAUGGUACAGGAGCAAAUGUUAGAAUAUAUGGAGGAAUUAAUUGCACAUAUCUUAAAAUUGAAGAAUUAUUUCCUGGCCGAUUUAGACAUUCGCCAUAAAUCCGGCCUUUUAGAUAUCUCCCAGCAGGUUGCGAAGAUUCACAAGUUUAAAUUGGAAACUCAAGCUCUGUGGGAUAAGUUACAGGUACCAACAGAUUUCAAUGAUUUCGAGGGAUACAAAGGCAUCAUUCUAGAAACAAAAGAAAAGACGGCCGUGCUUCAAGUAAUAAUGCAGGGCAUAUUCGGCUCAUGCAAGAAGUAUAAAUACCAUUUAGAACCUGCGCCGGAAGUUGAAGAGUUUUAUGAGAGAGAUAUUAUCGCUCACGUUGAGGAAAUAAAAGUCACGACACUUCUCCCGCCAUUUUUAUGUGUGAAAACAACAGAUGACGAUGAUGAUGACGACGAGUCUGUAUCAGAUUUUACGUCCUUAAAAUCUAUAGAAGGUUUUGAACAUGUAUGUGGGAAGAAUGAAACUGCAAACGAGACAUGUUGUUUCACGGGCUGUGCUUAUAUAACCGACGAUUCUGUUCUCUUAGCUGAUUGGUCUAAUGGCUCUAUAAAAUUGCUGAAUAAGCAAGGACUGGUGGCUGACUAUAUGCAGUUUAAGAAAAGUCCAUGGGAUGUUGUAAGAAACUCUAGUGGUCAAGUAGCGGUGACCGUUCCACAUUUACAAAAAGUAUUCAUUAUUGAAGCUGAGCCGCAUCUUCGGAUUGUCGGACAAUUCAGCACGAGGUGUGAUUGUUUUGGAAUAUGCAAAAUAGGCGAUAAUUAUGCAGUGACAUGUGACCCGUGGAGUAAAAUGCCGUCUUUACGGGUUUUUAAUGAACUUGGAAACGUGUUGCUUAAAGUGCAGACGGAUUCACUUGGAGAUAACUAUUUUAAAUGUCCAUUACAUGUGUGUUCCGAUUUUUUCAGUACUGUGAUGUAUGUGUCAGACUCUACUGCUGACUGUGUUUAUGCCAUUUCCGUUUCCGGUAGCAUAAUCUUCUGUUACAGGAACGAAUAUCUCGAGUACCCGACUGGUGUUGAAACAGACAGAAACAACUGUUUACACGUCUGUGGGAAAGUGUCAUCAAACAUUCACAAACUUACAAAUAAAGGAGAAUUACAGGAAAAACUUCUGCAAAACAAUGGUGAUGUACAACAUCCUUGCGCAAUCGCGUUUCAUCCAGAUGGUGAUCACAUGAUCUUAACUGACCUUAAAGGUGACAUGGCCUCGGGUUACUGGAAAUUACAUUUCAUGUAGACAGUAAAUGUAAAGAUUAAGUAGAAAGGUACAUGUAUCGCAUUUAGGGAAAAGGGUAGAAACGAAGAUGUUAAACAUGUCUGUAUUGAUACAUAAGCGGCUGAUUGAAGGUAUUUUCAAAAGGUCUAACGCUACAAUAUCACAUACUGAUGAACGACCGUGAUAGCACAAGCAUGGAGAAAUGCAAGAACUGUUGAUGUAUAUAUGUAAAUUUUCUUUUAAAAUAUCGGUAAAGUUUGGCCGGCCAAACAAAUUUAAUGCAACAAAUUUUCCAUUUUUAGAAGAUCAUCUUAUUGUAAAAUAUUAAUUUAAUUUAUGUGGGAUUUAUGAACCAUUUACAGUAUUGAGUCAUUUCAGUUGUAGAUCAUAACCUACAUUAUGUGAUGUAGAUCAUAUCAUACAUUAUGUGAUGUACAUCAUAUCAUACAUUAUGUGAUGUAGAUCAUACCAUACAUUAUGUGAUGUAGAUCAUAUCAUACAUUAUGUGAUGUAGAUCAUAUCAUACAUUAUGUGAGGUACAUCAUAUCAUACAUUAUGUGAUGUAGAUCAUAUCAUACAUUAUGUGAUGUACAUAUUGUCGCUUCAUUUAUGUGAUGUACAUAUUGUCGCCUCAUUUUGUGACUGGAUCUGUCUUAUUUCUCAUUUUGUUACACACGACGCGGAUAACAAACACUCCUAUAAUAUAUAUAGCUGCCAGUUAAGAUCGGAAUAUCCGGCUCGAGGGCGAAUGUUCUAGACUAUAUAUCGAGAAUCUGCUUCAAAUACGCGAGACCGAGAUAUUCCUGCCAGUGUGUGUUUCAUUUUUCGUUUAAAUGUUACAUAUUAAUUUAGGUUUGAAAAAAAAAUAACGAAAAGAAAUAUACUUCUAUGAAGCACUUUUUUCUUAUGAAAUAGCGUAUACAUUUAACAUUUUUAUUCAUAACGCCGGUGAAACGACGACUUUUCAAGUACGCGAAUCAUCCAAGAACUAGAGAGGUUACGAUAACAUUUCUACACUAGAAAGUUUGACAUGCAAGAAACAAAUAACGACUCUCAAUCUGUGAUAGUGCAAUGUAAAUUGUCUCUAUAGUGAAGUUUUUAUCAUUAUAAUUGUUCUCAAUAUCAGAAAUACAUUAUACAUAGAAUUACAUUUUAGAAUGUUCCAUGUCAGUGAUAUUAAAUCAUAUUGCUAUAAAACUUUGUAAACAAUAUAUUAAUUCAUGUACGUAAUAUAAACUAGAAGAACUUUGUUUAUGUUAGAUUUUUAAACAAUAUAAGUUUGUGCAUGGUUACUAUUUUUGUUUGAAGUUUACCAACUUCUAAAAGAAGCUAAACGUGAUAUCGAAAUAACAACAACAACAACAACAGCGACAGCAACAAUAACAUGAAAAUCUAAAAGCUGCCACAGAAACAUUUUAAAGCUAGUGUAUCAAGAUAAAGCUGUAAUUUAAUGAACGACAGUGAGAGUGUACUUAAAUCAAUGAUUCUCGGUGUCAUAGUCUUAUGUUAUUUUAUCAGUUUGUUUGGACACUGUGUAAAACGAUCAUACUAGUGGUACAGAUCGAUCUAUCUAUUGGACCAAAUACCUGUUUCAGUCAAGCUCCAGCGGGAUUAUUUGUUUUACGUUCUUUGAUCAAACAAUGAAACAGAGCUAUAUUUGUUGCUAUAGGUGAAAAUGGCAGCAGAAAAAUAAAUACAAUAAUCACCUUUACUGAUUAUUCUGUUGAUACUUUACUGGCUCCAUUAAACUCGCGCUAUUUCACGUGGCUUUGUUUUCAUUCAAUGGUUUUAGUGUGCUUCAUUUUUAUAUCUUAAAUGAUAUUAAAUUUCACACGAUACAUUUGUAAAUAUGAAAUGUUUAUUGUUUAAGCAUUGAUAGAAACAAUACUACACAAUAUAGGUGAAAUUAUCAAAGAAUGCAGGAAAAAACACACUUAAAUAACAUUUAUGUAAGUGACAUUUAUAUAAGUGAAUUUUAACUUGUAUUUCAAAUAUUUAAUCAAACUAUUAUAACUGCAUCUGGUAAUUACCAUUUUGUUAUAUUUUUCAAGAUUUUGUGUUACCAUUGACGAACCUUUCACUCAUAAGAGUGCAAAAUAUUGAAAACAAAUAAACCUUAUUAUGAGUUUCAAAAUAACAGCUCUUCUGUUCCCUCGAGAAAUGUCACGCAGUCCAGUUGAAUGUCUUUUAUAACGUAUUUUCAUUAAAGAAUAAACUUAGUAAGAAUACGACUAUUCCGAUCAUCAAUAAUGCACUCGAGGUGACUUUGAAUUUCCACGCGCGCAGUCCUUUAAUAACGCAUUAACCAUGGCAAAUUAAUACGGCAUUGAGGGACUUUCGAAGAAUAACAUGUAAACUUGAUUUUUGCAUUAUUUAGCUACGAUAUUGUUAGCAAUAAAUAAGAAUCAAUAAUGGUACCAAGAUGCUAUUAGCUGUCUACGUAUCAAUAAAUAUAUGAUAAAUUAGUGUAGGCGAAUGACCUUUUUAAUGUUUUAAAGAUUUUAUAUUGCCUACUAAUGCUUUGCAGGGUUUCUCCAAAAGUCACGUAAAUAUUUUUGUAAUUCUUGUAUAAAAUACAACCAAAUCUAAAUACACUCAAAGACUAUAAUAUUGGCUUUAUUUUGAUUUUUAUCUAUUGACACAUUUAUUACUAUGUAUGAAUUUUGAUUAAAUGUAGAUGUCACGCCCAUAAUGAAGUAUUUCCGGAUUGGUAAUAUUUGUUUAUUUUCAUACAGACAAAUGUUUCAUUUUGAACAAAUCUGCCAAGUAAGUUUCUAACAUACAUAAUAUUGUCACAAACAUUUCUUGUCCUUUGGGUAUAAAAUGUCCUGAUAUUUGAAUAACAGCUAUUUUCUGUGAUAAAUAUUUAUUCAGCGUAUUAUUUGAUAUGUUAUCAGUAUUUGUAUGAAUACAUAAUUAUGUUUAUAAUGAUUUUCUAUUUUGUAAAUUUGUUAUAUGUAUCUGCUAUAACAAGAUUUGUUUAUAUGUAUUUUUGGUGUUAUUAUUGUGUUUUAGGAAUAAUUUUUCAUCUUUAUUGAAUUUGUCACGCAUAUUUCAUGAAAUAUUUAUAUGUCAGUCAUUUUUCGUGCAAUUGUUUAUAUGCCAUCAAUAUUUCAAGCAACGUUUUUUUUUGUCACGCAGAUUUCACGAAUGUUUAUUUGUCAGUCAUUUUUUGUGUAUUUGUUUAUAUGCCAUGCAUCUUUCAUGCAAUGUUUAUUUGUCACGCAUAUUUCAUGAAAUGUUUAUAUGUCAGUCAUUUUCAUGCAAUUGUUCAUUUGUCACGCAUAUUUCAGGUAACGUUUAUUUGUCAGGCAUUUACUAAGCUUUGUCGUACCUAUUUUAUGCAAUGUUUUUUUUCAUUGUCAUUCGUUUUUAUGUAAUGUUCAUUUGUCACGCAUAAUUCAAGCAAUUUUAUUUGUCAGGUAUAUUCUAUAUAUGCUUUGUCAUACCCAUUUUAUUCAAUGUUUAUCUUUAUUUGUCAUUCGUUUUUCAUGCAAUGUUUAUUGUCAUUUGUUUUUCAUGUAAUGUUCAUGAAUAUUUCAUGUUGUUUUUAUUCGUCACGCAUUUUUCAUGCAAUGUUUAUUUGGCAUUACUUUUAAUGCAAUGUGUUUUUGGCGUUCAUUUUUCAUGCAAUUGUUAUUUGAAACGCAUAUUUUAUGCAAUUUGUAUUUGUCAAAUAUACCCCAUGCAGUGUUUUUUUUGUCACGUAUAUUUCAUGUCAUGUUUAUUUGCCACUCAUUGUCAUACCUAUUUCAAGCAUUUUUUGUCAUGAAUAUUAUUUUAGUUUUUUUAUUCGUCAUGUAAUGUUUAUUUGUCUCGAUAUUUCAUGGAUUGUUUAUAUAUCAUGCAAUGUUUAUUUACCAUACAUAUUGCACGCAGUUGUUAUCUUUAUGCAUAUUCCAUGCAAUUGUUAUUUGUUACAUGUAUCCAUUGAUGAUAUAUUAUAUAUAAGAAGCACUGUUUUUUUUUCUGUUAUAGUGCGCAGUGACGUACAAAUACAGUAAAAGUUGACAUGACGUCUGUUAUGCAAUAAAUGAU